GCAAUGAAUAUUUUGCAUCAUUAAUGUAAUCUGAAUAGAUAUAGUUCGAUAUCUGGUGAAGACCAAAGAGGCAGAGACAGAGAAGACCACGGGGAGCGCGCAUCCGUGUGCGAGCGCCGCUGUCAGAACCAAGGACAGCCACACACUGACUAUCGCAGCGGAGCGGAGACGCCGCUCAGUGCAACGUCCGGCUCCGCCGAGGUGGGAUCCAGCGGACGAAGCAAAAGGAGAAGACUGUUCUGUUAAGUGAAAAACAACGUACGUGCAUCCGUGACUGCAUCCUGGAGGGAUGGUCAGACAAUAGGAGUAGGAUCUACAUCUAAUGAAUGAAAUCGGGAGGGCAGCCAUGCAAUGAACAUCGGGAUGUGAGAAGGAGAAACAUAAAGAGCGCUGGUAUGCUCAUAUGUGGUCGACUGUCGGGUGCAUUCCUCCACUGUGCAUACAGAUCUAAAAGCAAGCAAAACGGGAUCGGAAAUAACGACGUGGAUCGGGUAAACCGUAUUGCCCAGCAGACGAGCGCAAAAACAGCAGCAGCGAGCCCGGGACACGGCUGGAUCGAGAUGCGUCUGAUGCUGAUGGCCGUUUUCCUCUCGUGCUCCAUUGCACGGGUCGCAUGCGAACCAAAAAUGGUGAAUAUCGGGGCUGUGCUCAGCCAGAAGAGGUACGAGCAAGUGUUCAAGGACGCGGUCACUCAAGCAAACCAACUAUACGGGAGAGACAAAUUCAAACUGAACGCCAUUUCUGUCACCCACAAGCCCAAUGCAAUUCAGAUGGCACUCUCUGUCUGCGAGGACCUCAUCUCAAACCAGGUGUACGCCAUCCUAGUCAGCCACCCUCCGCAGUCCAGCGACCACCUGACCCCCACCCCUGUCUCAUACACCGCAGGUUUCUACCGCAUUCCUGUGGUAGGGCUGACGACACGGAUGUCCAUCUACUCCGACAAGAGCAUCCACCUGUCUUUCCUACGGACGGUCCCGCCCUACUCACACCAGGCGCAUGUGUGGUUCGACAUGAUGCGCGAGUUCCGCUGGAAUCACAUCAUCCUGAUCGUCAGCGACGACCACGAGGGCCGCGCCGCCCAGAAGAGGCUGGAGACGUUGCUGGAGGAGAGGGAAACCAAGAAUAAAAAAAGGAACUAUGAAAACCUCGACCAACUGUCCUAUGACAACAAGCGAGGACCCAAGGCAGAAAAAGUUCUGCAGUUCAACCAGGAGACAAACUUAACGGCGCUUUUGGUGGAAGCCAGGGAGCUGGAGGCUCGCGUCAUCAUUCUCUCUGCCAGCGAAGAGGACGCCGCAGCGGUAUACAAGUCCGCUCGUUACCUCAACAUGACGGGAUCCGGUUACGUGUGGCUGGUCGGCGAGAGGGAAAUGUCUGGUAAAGCCCUGAGUGAGGCACCUGAUGGACUGAUCGGCCUUCAGCUCAUCAACGGCAAGAAUGAGUCAGCGCACAUCAACGACGCCGUAGCAGUGGUGGCGCGCUCCAUCCAGGAGCUCUUCGAGAAGGAGAACAUCACAGAACCUCCACGUGGGUGCGUGGGAAACACCAACAUCUGGAAGACGGGGCCCCUCUUUAAACGAGUUCUGAUGUCGUCUAAGUAUCCGGAGGGCCUGACAGGACGCGUGGAGUUCAAUGACGACGGGGACCGAAAGUUUGCUCACUACAGCAUUCUCAACUACCAGAAGAGUCGACUGAUUCAAGUGGGCGUCUACAAUGGCACGCAGGUUGUGUUAAACAAUCAGAGGAAGAUCAUCUGGCCUGGAGGAGAAACAGAGAAACCAAGAGGCUUCCAGAUGUCUACAAGGCUUAAGAUAGUCACUAUUCAUCAGGAGCCCUUUGUUUACGUGAAGCCCACACUUCUGGAUGGGACAUGCAAGGAAGAGUUCACACCAAAUGGAGUCUUAAUUAAAAAGGUGAUCUGCACGGGGCCCAAUGAGACCAUCCCAGGUAACAAAACAGGUCGCCCAAUCGUGCCCCAGUGCUGCUACGGCUUCUGCAUCGACCUACUGAUCAAGCUAGCGAUGACCAUGAAUUUUACCUAUGAGGUGCAUCUGGUGGCAGACGGGAAGUUCGGGACACAGGAGCGGGUCAACAACAGCAACAAGAAAGAGUGGAACGGCAUGAUGGGAGAGCUUCUGGGUGGCCUGGCAGAUAUGAUUGUGGCCCCGCUCACGAUCAACAAUGAACGAGCCCAGUACAUCGAGUUCUCGAAACCCUUCAAGUAUCAAGGGCUCACAAUCCUCGUGAAGAAGGAAAUCCCCCGCAGCACUCUGGACUCGUUCAUGCAGCCGUUCCAGAGCACACUGUGGCUUCUGGUGGGCCUUUCGGUGCAUGUGGUGGCGGUGAUGCUUUACCUACUAGACCGGUUCAGCCCGUUUGGAAGGUUCAAAGUCAACAGUGAAGAAGAAGAAGAAGAUGCCCUCACCUUAUCUUCAGCUAUGUGGUUCUCCUGGGGAGUGUUGCUGAACUCCGGCAUCGGGGAAGGUGCUCCCCGUAGCUUCUCAGCGAGAAUCCUGGGCAUGGUGUGGGCCGGAUUCGCCAUGAUCAUCGUGGCAUCCUAUACUGCCAACCUGGCUGCCUUCCUGGUGCUGGACCGGCCUGAGGAGCGCAUCACCGGCAUCAAUGACCCACGGCUGCGGAACCCAUCAGACAAGUUCAUCUACGCCACAGUUAAGCAGAGCUCGGUGGACAUCUACUUCAGGAGACAGGUGGAGCUGAGCACCAUGUACCGGCACAUGGAGAAGCACAACUACGAGAGUGCGGCCGAGGCCAUCCAAGCUGUACGUGACAACAAACUGCAUGCUUUCAUCUGGGACUCUGCGGUGUUGGAGUUUGAAGCCUCGCAGAAGUGUGACCUGGUGACCACGGGAGAGCUGUUUUUCCGGUCGGGCUUUGGCAUAGGAAUGCGCAAGGACAGCCCGUGGAAGCAGAAUGUGUCCCUGGCCAUCCUCAGCUCCCAUGAAAACGGCUUCAUGGAGGACCUGGAUAAAACCUGGGUAAGGUACCAGGAGUGUGACUCCCGAAGCAAUGCCCCAGCAACGCUUACCUUCGAGAACAUGGCAGGUGUCUUCAUGCUGGUGGCUGGGGGAAUAGCGGCAGGCAUCUUCCUCAUCUUCAUUGAGAUCGCCUACAAGCGGCACAAGGACGCCCGCAGGAAGCAGAUGCAGCUAGCCUUUGCGGCCGUCAACGUCUGGAGGAAGAAUCUGCAGGACAGUAAGGAGGCACCGGGAAGUCAAGUUGUGGGGCCGUCCGGGACUCCGUCAUUACCAUCUUCCUCUCUAGAGACUCAGGAUGAUAGGAAAAGUGGUAGAGCAGAGCCCGAGCCCAAAAAGAAAGCCUCUUUUAGGUCCAUCAGUACCUCCCUGGCCUCCAGCAUCAAGAGACGUAGGUCCUCCAAAGACACGCAGUACCCGCCCACAGACAUCACGGGCCAGCUGAACCUAUCGGACCCGUCUGUCAGCACCGUGGUCUGAGAGUUAAAGAGAGAGCAAGACGGACAGAAAGAACCUGGACUCGAGAGAGAGGGUGAUGGGGCCUGCGGACGGAAUCCUGAUUCUGAGCCAAAGCCACCAUCCCAGGGCCCCGGACCACCUGAAGUCAACAACAGCUCCCCCCCCCUUCUUGGACACUCAUGUCACCAAACAAUAGGUGGCGCCAGAGGCAAGCCCCCCCAUCCCUGGACAUUGCACUGAAACUUUGCGCAUCCUGCCUCACUGGACCUGCCUGUCCAUCUUUGUCCCCAAACUGACUCCUGGAGCUGGGGGAAAACACGCCCCCCCCCCCCCCCACUUCUCCUCCCACCAUUACAAAAAAGUAGGAUUCAUUACAAAACCAAACAUCGCUGAGAAUAUACAGUUCAAAUUAUUUAUUCACUCAUACUGCAGAACUAUUGUUUACAUAUUAGUAUAUUUUAUCGAGUACUUUUUAGGUAAGGUAUACCAUGUUACUAUGUCCUUUUUAACUAUACAUAUUUAAACAUUUUAUAUAUGCAUUUGCUAAGCCGGGUACGCUUUAGUAUUGAGAAUAUAAGUAUGUAUCCUAUCAAACCGUGACAGUGAAUGUAGUAGCACGAAAAAUCGCCUGGACGGUCACACAAUCAUAUACCACAGUCAGACUAUGGCAUGAUCCUCACCUAGAGCAGCAGAGCUGUGACUGAUAAGGCUUCCUGCACCUGUUACUUAGUGAUCUUUGCGGAGUAAUAACCUGUUUAUAUUUCGACACUCUUUUCCUUCUCGUUUCUUGGCUACAAGCCAAUAUAUAUAUAUAUAUAUUAUUUUUUAAAUGCUGUUCUCCUGAUGCAACACGGUUGUCUUUUUCUGUUUCUUUGUUUUCGACAUGGCCUCCUCCUUUGAGGGGCAUCAUGCACAGACAGGUUGUGCCCCUCCCCCCUUACUACAAAAGGAUGGGGGGCUGUUCUUUGACCUUUAGUCCCCAGUGUUUGUUUCGAUAAUGCGGUAACUGUGGUUUGGAAAUGGGAAGCUGUACAGUGAAGUCGCUCUGGCUCUUGUGUGGGAUCCUCUCUCUCUCUCUCUCUCUCUGUCACCUUCAGCUUCAUUCUUUCUCAGCUUCGGAAAUACUGGUGCAUCAGAUGGUCGCGUUUUGUCUCCAACUGGCACUUGGUCUUUCGUGCAAAACUCCCUGGUUUUUGAUAACCGCACCCCCAACCCCCAAGCCCCUUUGCUAACCCACGGUCGGACUUUUGCACGUCUGACAGCAGGUGGACUUUGAUACUAGGUUUAAAAUGCUGCCCUUUUGGCCCGCAAACCCGGUUAGAUGCAAAACAGGCCAUUUCCUAAACUCUGGAGUUGAGAAACUGUAAUACUGCUGUGUGUGGAGUGGGUAGUUGACACUCUGUGCUGUAAAUGACCCCCCCAGACGAUGACUCAUGGCACAGCACUUUACUGUGGGGGUAUUAACUACUUAUCGUGACUCCUAUUUCGAUAAAGGACUAUAUACAUAUGUAGAGACAUUGUGAAAUUAGACCUUAGUUCGUUUUAUACACAUCGCUAGUGGUCAGAUUUGUUUUACUGUGAAGAGAAGACAGUACCGUGUAUCUUAAGGGAGGCUGGAAAAUGUUAGUUUUUUCAUUUUGUUUUGUUUUGUGUUGUUUUUUUUGGUCAGGAGGCCAAAAGCGAAAUAUAUUUGCUUUCACUUUAUCAAUUAAUUAAUUAAUUAAUUAGAUGAAUAAUAAUUAUGUAAAGACAGACCUUAAGGAAAACAUUUCCUUUGUCCGAGAUCUCUUAUGUAUAUGCAUGAUUAUUUAUUUAUCAUUAUUGAUUAAUGCUUCACGUACGUCGGCUGAUGUUGCACUGUAUAGAUUUAUUUGCACAUCUGUAAUUCUCCCUCGGGUGUGUGUGUGUGUGUGUGUGUUUAUAAUGCAGAGUUACGCCGGUGCGUACCGCACGCGGCAUCUUCCACUAAAAGGGACGUUAGCUUCUCCGCUAUCGCGCUCUUACCUUCCUCUUCUCCGCGGACGCUAAGCUAUGCAUCCCGGCUCGGCACCUGACAUCCAAGAAAGGGGAAAGCAUGUAUUUAUUUAUGUAUUUAUUUAUUUCAGGGUCACCAAUAUCAAUCUGUUAUUUCGGUAUGCUACUGGAAUAUGCCAUGUACUUAAAACCUUUGUACAUAAAUGUGAAUGUAAAUAAGGUGUAUUUAUAUGUGCCAAUUAAAAGGGAGCUCAUACACUAA